AUAACACGCGGUGCUAUUUUUUUUCUAUUCAUUUUUGUUUGAAGCAUAUUAGAUUGGUAUAAUAUUUCCCGGGGAGUGUUUAUGCUUGUUCAGGCAGCUGUCGCGUCAGUCUCAGGCAGACCCCGUGCGGAAGAUGACUGUACAUAACUUGUACAUAUUUGAUCGCAAUGGCAGCUGCCUUCAUUACAGCGAAUGGAACCGCAAGAAACAAGCCGGGAUCUCCAAAGAUGAGGAGUUUAAGCUGAUGUACGGGAUGCUGUUCUCCAUCCGCUCCUUCGUCAGUAAGAUGAGUCCGCUGGACAUGAAAGAUGGCUUUCUGGCGUUCCAGACCAGCCGUUAUAAGCUGCAUUAUUAUGAAACUCCAACGGGAAUCAGACUGGUGAUGAACACAGACCUCGGCGUGCCGAACUGCAGAGACACACUGCAGCAGAUCUACAGCACUCUGUAUGUGGAGUACAUCGUGAAGAACCCGCUGUGUGUGCUGGGCGAGUCUCUCCAGAGCGAUCUGUUCAACAGUAAACUGGACUCUUUCAUCAGAGCCUUGCCGUUCUUCAGCGUCCGCGCCGCCUGAUCACAAUAAAACAUCAGCUUCUGUUUAUACUCAGCGUCUGCUUCCUCUACCACAGUUCUUUUGUUAAAUAUCACUUUUCAUUUUUUGAAGACUCACAGAAUUGAUCAAAAUAAACGAUUCCUUUUUUUUUUUUUAAUUGUACGCGUGUUCUCGUGACUUGAUGGCAAUGACUUCACCAAGUUUCAUUUUACUUUGCCAUUCAUGUUCCUAUUUAUUGCUGUCAGUUAUUGCUGUUUUAAAACAUCAGUGUGUGGAGAUUUAUUGCAGAAUAAUGUUCAAAAAUGAAUUUAUGUGAUGUUUGAAAUUAAUAAAAAAUUUGCAGGAUAA